AUGUUGCCAUCUGUAGCUCUUCCCACUCCCCAUUUCCAACCACAUCACCACAUAGAUCGCCGCCUCAAUUAUGAUAUACUCGCUCCUCCUUACGACCUGGGUCGUGUCGGCCUCCCGGGCCCAUCCUUACAGCAAAAUUCCCACAACAAGUUUACCGGUGCGAGCCCUCGAUCACGAUCCCAGUUUGCUCAUCCAGUUCAACGGCCAAUCCCUCACGAAGCACGCGCCACCGACCGAAACACCAUAAAUAUCAAAGUAGGCGAACAUACAUUAAGGAGGAAGACCCCGAACGGAACGUUGGCCGCAGGCUACGAUGGCACUCCCACAGAUCGAGCAAAUCAACCGCCAGCCGCGAAACACAUAUUAGUCUCGUCGCUUGAUAACCGACAACUUCCUCCGUCGCAAUUGCCUCUAACCGUCGAUAAUUGGCAACCUGAGCAGCAUAGUGUAUCCCUCCAAUAUCAGAAUUUCCCGCCAUCUUUCAGGCAGGAUGUUUGUCGAAAUACCGUCACAUUACCCAUCGAGAAAUUUCAAACAGGAACGGGGCCAAGCUGGGUUCGGUCGGUGAACUUCCAGCCAGGCAUGGAUUCAGUUCUACAUCAAUCACUACCCAUGCUUCAAUCUCAGCAAUAUUUUAUCCAAAAUGGCCCAUCCAUCCCAACCGUCCUUCCAGCUACACUUCAGCCAUGUCUUGGUCCAACUGCUCCAGUCGGUACUGGUCCAUAUGGUCCAUAUUGGCCAGACGGUGCUUACAUACCAUAUCGACCUGCCGCUCUCCGUGACUCGCGCUUUGACGUCGCAUCGCCAUUAUCUCCCGAGCAUAAUCCAUCCCCUUUCGAUAUACAGCCACCAUUGUUAGGCCAUACAUCUUUUGCGACUGCAGCCUUCUCAAAUCCAGGCUUUUCAUGGAAUCAAUUACCUCCCGGUCCCGUCAACCAAGACGCCUUAGUCCAGCAAAAUUUCCCUCCUCGCCAUUCUCAUCAGAAUGCUUUCGGCCCCGCCAAGGAUCAGCAACAACAUUUGCCCUACCACGUUCGCGCCGCCAGUAGGCUGAACCCGGAGGCUGCCUGGCAUAAUAGCCAAAGUGUUCCCCAGUCUCUUGUGGAAGCGCACUCUCGAGUACGAACAGUAGAAUUCAAAGAAAAGGUGUUGUCGUGGGCUCACGGCGUAUACGUUGAUCUGCUCGCCACUCUUCACCAUGCACGGAAGCAGAGCAUUUCCAGAUCUGCUGCGGGCGGACAACCCCAACGACCACUCAAACCGAGCAUUUAUCCCAAGCCUCCUCGACAACCAGGCCUAGACUUUUCAUCUCACCCUAACCUACCACGCCAUAAUAGCUACCCAUCGUCAAGAUUUGAUGUGCUUCCUCCAGGCUCUUCUCACCUGAACAACAAAGGUCGACAGUCUGAAAGGCCCCUAUCUGAGUUUAUGUACAGUCAGAAUUCUGCAAAAUCGCAGCAAACGGAGGCCCUUCUUACCCAUAGGAGAGCCUCAGGCACACCGCUCUCGAAAUUGGUUAAUUCUAGUGACAAUAAUAUUAUGGCAACCGCAGCAUCUGCAUUGGAAAUGCUGUCUCAUCUAUGUAGCGAGAGUAAUUGGCAAUGGAUCGAAGGUAUGUUAUUGGGUGGUUGUUUGGCAUAUGGUCUGGGAGAUUAUGAAAAGGCCACGAGAUGGUAUACUAGGAUCAUCGCCAAGGAUUCUGGGCAUGUUGAAGCAAUCAGCAACCUUGCUGCAACCCUUUUAGCUCUUGACAAGAAGGAGGAAGCACUCCAGCAUUGGCUCCGUGCUGUCAAGUUGCGUCCAAGUUUCUUUGAAGCUGUUGAACAUUUGAUAAAUCUUUUGUGCACCAGUCACCGCGGCAAAGAGGCCGUGAACAUCAUUGAUUAUGUGGAGAAGAAUUUGCGUGUGGCGAGAAACGGUGACUGCUUCAGAUCUGAUGAGCAUGCAAGCGAAACCGAAAGCGAUGCCGACAGCACAGCGUCUUAUGACCGAGCAGCCUUUGAUUAUGACAACGACCUGGAUAACGCCCUAGCCAUGAAAAUCAAUCUCAACGACUCUGUAUCUGCUGGCUUUGCAUCAAGUGGCUUUGCUAUUCCUGGCUCUGACAAUGGCAGAAUGCUGGCUCUUGUUCACGCAAAAGGAAAUAUGCUUUAUGCUUUAGGUGACAAUGCGGGUGCUGCUACUGCAUUUGAAGAGGCCAUUUUAAUCGCUGCUGGCCGUCGACGCCGCGGUAUGAAGAGUCUCAUCAAGCAAAUUAUUGACGCUUUUACUCUCUCUCGAAAUGGAUAUCACCCUGUCAUUGACAGCGAAGAUUUGAGAGAACCUAUCCUUCUACUGCCAGACAAAGCUCUUCAGACGGCUAGUUUGGUGUUUCCACCUUACGGAAACCCGCCAGGUCUACAAUAUGUUGCCGAAGGCUUGGCCAAGAAAGCCGCCAUCUCGACAACAAGCAAUUCUUUGCUGUCGCUAGCUAAGAUUUAUCAAGAUGGCAUGUCGACCAUGUCCACAAAUGGUGCUGCCAAAGCUGCAGCCAUGUCUGGAGUAAGAGACAUUUUGGCGCUCUAUUAUCUUUCCCUCUCCCUCCAACCCAGUCCAUCCACGGCAAACAAUGUUGGCAUACUCCUUGCCAGCAUUCAACACAAUAGACCUGGUAGGGUUCGAUCACGCUCACAUUCUGGCAAACCCGUUCCGCCAUCAGACAUCCCCGGCGUUGGCCCAAGCAGUGGAAUCUCGUUAGCUUUGGCAUACUACCAGUAUGGCUUGAAGCUAGACUCCAAACACGCCCACCUAUACACAAAUUUAGGAAGUCUACUGAAAGACAUUGGGCAACUCCAGCCCGCCAUCCGGAUGUACGAACAGGCAGUCCAAUACGAUGGUAAUUUCGAUAUUGCUCUAGCGAAUCUAGCCAACGCUGUCAAGGAUGCAGGUCGUAUCAACGAUGCCAUCACGUACUACCAAAGAGCCGUCAAAGUCAAUCCCGACUUCGCCGAAGCCGUUUGCGGCUUAGCAAAUGCGUUGAAUUCUGUCUGCAACUGGACGGGUCGUGGUGGCGUUCUAAAUGGAUACGGGUUUACAGAUCGCGUACAUGUUGACGACAAUGGUUUGCCGCACGACGUCAACUCAGUCCAGGUUGGAUUUGGCUGGAUGAAGCGUGUAGUAGAUAUUGUUGACAAACAGCUGAAAGAUGGCGAAGUUUGGGGCCGGGGCAUGAUGACACCUCAAGUCCUCGAGCAAUUAUCUGCGCAAGUAUCGUCAGUAGCCCAGUUCGGCCUGAAAACUAAGAACUUCAAUGCCUUGCUACGAUCCUGGGCUGGUCAAAAAUGGGAAGGGUCCCGCAUUGUGAAGUUGGUCGAGCGUGUCAUACGUGCCAUCACAUGGCAAUGGUAUCAGGAUCGCCAUGUGUCUGGAAAAGAAUUUCCUCUUUCGAGGUACCGAAGGCCGCAGCUACCAGCUGGUCUCGCAGCACCGAAUGCUCCGACUGUUCUUCCUUUCCACACAUUCACUUGCCCCCUAUCCGCAAAGCAAAUUCGUCAUAUUUCGCAGCGGAAUGGCCUACGGAUUUCUAGUGCAACCCUUCGAUCACCAUGGCUUCCGGGUACAGUUUAUCCACCUCCUGAGCCCCCAAAUCCUUAUCUCAAAGUCGGAUACGUUUCAUCGGAUUUCAACAACCAUCCUUUAGCGCAUCUCAUGCAAUCCGUCUUCGGAUUCCACAAUCCCAACAGGGUCAGCGCAUAUUGCUAUGCGACUACCCCCAGCGACAAUUCUUCCCACCGUCACCAAAUCGAACGUGAGGCGCCAGUUUUCCGAGAUGCAAGCAGUUGGCCUGUCGAUCGAUUGGUAGACCAGAUUGUGAGAGAUGGAAUUCAUAUAUUAGUGAACUUGAACGGUUAUACCAGGGGCGCACGCAAUGAAGUUUUCGCUGCUCGUCCCGCUCCAAUCCACAUGUCUUUCAUGGGUUUCGCAGGAACUCUAGGGGCUGAAUGGUGUGAUUACAUUCUCGCAGACGAGCUAUCUAUACCUCGUGACACUCUCAGCCCUGGUAGACGGGAUUACCAUAUCGCAGAUCGUCCGUUCGAAGAAGAUCAUGGAGAGGAACUUGAAAACUGGGUGUAUGGGGAAAGAAUAGUAUAUACACGAGACACAUUUUUCUGCUGUGACCAUAGACAAAGUGCUCCGGGCAGCGAAGAUCCAAAUAUAUCUUGGGAACGAGAGCUGGAAAGGCGUUGGAAGAUGAGAAAGGAGCUUUUCCCUAAUCUCCCUGAUAACGCCAUUAUUCUUGGUAAUUUCAACCAGCUUUAUAAGAUCGAGCCUACAACGUUUCGUACGUGGCUUCGCAUACUUUCGGACAUUCCACAAGCUGUUUUGUGGCUACUUCGCUUUCCUGAUGUCGGAGAACAGAAUCUAAAACAGUGUGCAACUGCCUGGGCCAACGAAGAAAUUGCAUCCCGCAUCAUGUUUACGGAUGUGGCACCAAAACAAGCGCAUAUUGCCCGUGCUCAAGUUGUGGAUCUCUUUCUAGACACACCCGAAUGCAACGCGCACACCACUGCCGCUGAUAUUUUGUGGAGCGGCACGCCGAUGUUGACAUUUCCUCGUUAUAAGUACAAAAUGUGCUCACGCAUGGCGUCGAGCAUAUUGUCAAGUGCUCUACCGGACUCUGAAGCGGGCCAACAAGCCAGGAAAGAGCUCAUUGCAAUAUCUGAUGAAGAUUAUCGCGAUAAAGCGAACCGUCUGUGUCAGGAUCUGCGGUUUGACCCGAGUGGUCACGGACAGGGAACCGGCCGCCUUAUCAGUUUGCGGAAAUUGUUGUUUACAACCCGGUGGCAGAGUAAGCUUUUCAACACCCGUCGUUGGGUUAGUGACUUGGAAGAUGCAUACGAGAAAGUCUGGAACGCCUGGGUAAUGGGAGAGGAAAAUGACAUUUGGUUAUGA